AUGAAUAUAAAUGAUGGAGGAAGACGACGCUUUGAGGAUAACGAACACACGUUACGUAUAUAUCCUGGGACAAUUUCAGAAGGGACAAUCUACUGUCCGAUUCCUGCCAGAAAAAACUCCACGGCUGCUGAGGUGAUUGACUCACUUAUAAACAAGCUUCAUCUUGACAAAACAAAAUGUUACGUUCUAGCAGAGGUGAAAGAAUUUGGUGGAGAAGAAUGGAUACUCAAUCCAACAGACUGUCCCGUUCAGCGAAUGAUGUUAUGGCCCCGCAUGGCUCUGGAAAAUCGCCUGAGUGGAGAGGACUACCGUUUCCUUCUGAGAGAAAAAAACCUUGAUGGAUCAAUUCAUUAUGGUAGUCUUCAGUCAUGGCUACGGGUAACAGAAGAACGUCGCAGGAUGAUGGAACGGGGUUUUCUUCCACAGCCUCAACAGAAGGACUUUGACGAUUUAUGUAGCUUACCUGAUUUGAAUGAGAAAACUCUCUUAGAAAACCUACGAAAUCGCUUUAAGCAUGAAAAAAUUUAUACCUAUGUUGGCAGUAUUCUGAUAGCUAUUAACCCAUUCAAGUUUCUUCCUAUUUAUAACCCCAAAUAUGUUAAAAUGUAUGAUAACCAUCAGUUGGGAAAACUUGAGCCUCACAUUUAUGCUGUGGCUGAUGUAGCUUAUCAUGCCAUGCUUCAGCGCAAAAAGAAUCAGUGCAUCGUUAUUUCAGGAGAGAGCGGUUCUGGAAAGACUCAAAGCACAAACUUUCUUAUUCAUCACCUCACUGCCCUCAGUCAGAAAGGAUUUGCCAGUGGAGUGGAACAAAUCAUUCUUGGCGCUGGACCAGUACUUGAGGCCUUUGGAAAUGCAAAGACAGCUCAUAAUAACAAUUCAAGUCGUUUUGGCAAGUUUAUUCAAGUAAAUUACCAAGAAACAGGCACUGUACUUGGUGCCUAUGUUGAAAAGUAUCUACUGGAGAAGUCUAGACUCGUUUAUCAAGAGCAUAAUGAACGGAACUAUCAUGUAUUCUAUUACCUUCUGGCAGGAGCAAGUGAAGAAGAGAGAUUAGCAUUCCAUCUUAAACAGCCAGAAGAAUAUCAUUAUCUCAAUCAGAUAACAAAGAAACCCCUCAGACAGAGCUGGGAUGAUUAUUGCUUUGACUCUGAGCCGGAUUGCUUCACCGUGGAAGGGGAAGAUUUGAGGCAUGACUUUGAACGCUUACAACUAGCCAUGGAAAUGGUAGGAUUUCUUCCCAAGACACGAAGACAGAUUUUCUCUCUUCUCUCAGCAAUACUACAUUUGGGUAAUAUCUGUUAUAAAAAGAAGACAUACCGGGAUGACUCCAUAGAUAUCUGUAAUCCUGAAGUUCUGCCUGUUGUCUCAGAGUUAUUAGAAGUUAAAGAAGAGAUGCUAUUCGAAGCACUAGUUACAAGGAAGACUGUGACAGUGGGAGAAAAGCUUAUUUUACCAUACAAACUGGCAGAGGCUGUGACAGUGAGGAACUCUAUGGCUAAGUCUUUAUAUAGUGCCCUGUUUGACUGGAUCGUUUUUCGGAUUAAUCAUGCACUUAUGAAUAGUAAAGAUUUGGAGCAAAAUACCAAGACUUUGUCCAUUGGUGUUCUUGAUAUUUUUGGGUUUGAAGAUUAUGAAAAUAAUAGCUUUGAACAGUUCUGUAUUAAUUUUGCUAAUGAACGUUUACAACACUACUUUAAUCAGCAUAUCUUUAAAUUGGAGCAAGAGGAAUAUAGAACUGAAGGUAUCAGCUGGCACAAUAUAGACUAUAUUGAUAAUACCUGUUGCAUAAAUCUUAUUAGCAAGAAACCAACAGGCCUGCUCCAUCUUUUGGAUGAAGAAAGCAAUUUUCCACAGGCUACAAAUCAAACCCUGCUGGACAAGUUUAAGCACCAACAUGAAGAGAAUUCUUACAUUGAAUUUCCAGCUGUGAUGGAGCCUGCUUUCAUCAUAAAGCAUUAUGCCGGGAAAGUAAAAUAUGGGGUAAAGGAUUUCCGGGAAAAAAAUACAGAUCAUAUGCGUCCUGACAUUGUAGCUCUUCUGAGAAGUAGCAAGAAUGCAUUUAUCUCUGGGAUGAUUGGAAUUGAUCCUGUAGCUAUUUUCCGAUGGUCAGUUCUCCGAGCUUUUUUUAGAGCUGUGGUUGCUUUCAGGGAAGCUGGGAAAAGACACAUUCAGAGAAAAACUGGACAUGAUGAUACAGCGCCAUGUGCAGUUUUGAAAAGUAUGGAUAGUAUUAGCUUUCUCCAACACCCAGUCCACCAGAGGAGCUUAGAGAUUCUACAGAGGUGCAAGGAAGAGAAGUACAGUAUAACUCGGAAAAAUCCCAGAACACCUCUUUCUGAUCUCCAGGGCAUGAAUACUCUAAAUGAAAAAAACCAACAUGAAACAUUUGAUUUUGCCUGGAAUGGCAGAACUGGGAUUCGCCAGAGUAAACUAUCGAGUAACACCUCCUUGCUUGAUAAAGAUGGGAUAUUCGCUAAUUCAGCUAGCAGCAAACUCUUGGAGAGAGCCCAUGGGAUUCUCACGAGAAACAAAAAUUUCAAAUCCAAACCUGGGCUUCCAAAGCAUUUGCUAGAAGUAAAGUCUUUAAAGCAUCUGACAAGAUUGACCCUACAGGAUCGCAUUACCAAGUCUCUUCUUCAUUUGCACAAGAAGAAGAAACCUCCCAGCAUCAGUGCCCAGUUUCAGGCGUCAUUAAGCAAACUGAUGGAAACACUUGAUCAAGCAGAACCGUAUUUUGUAAAGUGCAUUCGCUCUAAUGCUGAAAAGUUACCGUUAAGGUUCAAUGAUGCCUUGGUGCUUAGACAGCUUCGGUACACUGGGAUGCUGGAGACAGUUCGAAUUCGCCAGUCAGGAUACAGCUGCAAAUAUUCUUUCCAGGAUUUUGUGAGCCAUUUCCAUGUACUUCUUCCCCGAAAUAUUAUUCCAUCCAAAUUUAACAUUCAGGAUUUCUUCAGGAAAAUAAAUCUUAAUCCAGAUAAUUAUCAAGUUGGAAAAUCCAUGGUGUUCCUAAAGGAGCAGGAACGACAACACCUACAGGAUCUGCUUCACCAAGAGGUGCUCCGCAGAAUCAUAUUGCUGCAGCGAUGGUUCAGGGUCUUGCUAUGUAGGCAGCAUUUCCUCCAUCUGAGACAGGCAUCUAUUGUCAUCCAGCAAUUCUGGAGGAAUUACGUACAUCAGAAGCAAGUCAGAGAUGCAGCUGUGCAGAAAGAUGCUUUACUUAUGGCAAGUGCAGCCACUCUUCUGCAAGCCUCCUGGCGUGCUCACUUACAGAGGCAGCGGUAUUUGGAGCUGCGGACUGCCGCCAUCGUCAUCCAGCAGAGAUGGAGGGAGCACUGUCGGCGGAGGCACUUGGCUGCUAUCUGUAUACAGGCAAGAUGGAAAGGCUACAGGGAGUGUAAGAGGUAUCAAGAACAAAGGAACAAAAUUAUCCUUUUGCAGUCACUGUGUAGAGGAUUCAGAGCAAGACAAAGAUUUAAAUCUCUGAAAGAACAAAGAGUAAAAGAAGCAAAACUAGAACUUGGAUUGGCAAGUAUCAAGCCAUAUGGGACUCUGGAAAUUCACGGUUCAGACCCUUCAAAAUGGGAAGAUUCUUCAUUUGACAGCAGAGUAAAAGCCAUAGAGGAAUGUAAAUCUGUGAUAGAGAGUAAUCGAAUUAGUCAUGAAAGUUCCAUGGACUGCUUGAAUGAGUCCCCAAACAAGCGACAGGAGAGAGCCAGAAGUCAAAGUGGUGUGGACUUGCAGGAAAAUGUGAUUGUAAGAGAGAGACCCAAGUCCUUGGAAGAUCUCCACCAGAAAAAAGUGAGUCGGGCCAAAAGAGAAAGUCGGAGAAUGAGAGAACUAGAGCAAGCUAUAUUUAGCUUAGAAUUGCUGAAAGUCCGUUCUCUUGGUGGCGUGUCUCCUUCAGAAGAGCGUAGAUGGUCUACGGACCUGAUGCCUGAGGGCCUUCAGUCUUUACAGGGCACACCUGAGAGUGAAAGCUCGCAAGGAAGCUUGGAACUUCUGAGCUGUGAGGAGAGCCAAAAGAGCAAACCAGAGCCCUUGAUUCUAGAUGAAAGAGACUUGCCGUUUGUGCCACCUGAGGUAUCUCGCAGUCCCGAUUUUGAUCCACAGGACUAUCCUCUCAGUGCCGCAAGUGAGACUCACCACACAUUGACUCAAAGGGGGUCACCCUCUGACUCAGUGCAUUUAAAGAAUGGGGCUAUGAAGGAAAAACUGGUUUGCAGUUCUGAAUCUAUUACCUGUAAACCACAGCUGAGAGACCCCUUUGUUUCAAAUAGUUUGCCUACAUUUUUUUAUAUUCCCCAUCUAGACCCACUGAAAACGAGCUCCCAACUAGACACAAGUGUCCAGAGAAGCAAACUAUUGGAAAGUGAAGAAACGCUUCCAUCUCUUACUUUGGAUAUCAGCAGGGAAGCUGGAAAGUACCACCUCCCAGGAGAAAAUCAGGUUGUUGCUUCUUUGAAUACAGAUUCGUCAAAUGCUGUUCUUAAGAAGUUAGAAAAGUUGAACACUGAGAAGGAAGAAAGGCAAAAGCAAUUGCAGCAGCAGAAUGAAAAAGAGAUGAUGAAACAGAUUCGCCGACAAAAAGAUAUUUUAGAAAAGGAGCGUAAAGCCUUCAAGACAAUUGAAAAGCCAAGAACUGGGGAGAGUUUUCUGGUACCAUCUUUCCAUCAGUCAAAGCAGAGAAUAGAGAGACCAUCCUCUCUAUUCAUCCUGAAAACCCCAAAUAAGGAUGAAGAACCCAGUAUGGCUGGGACUCCGUCAGUAACUAUAAAAGAUUCUGUUCUUGCCCCAAAAGACAGUCCCUCUGCUCACUUACCCUUGGAGGACCAACCUGUCACUCUGUUCUUUGAAAGAAAAGGAGGCCCAGGCCAAUCUCAUACUGUCAAGGAAUUAUCCAAGGCAGACAGAAUGUCCACCCAACUGAAUGUUGCCUGUAAACACUCUCAUAGUCGCAUCUCAAAGAGAGAACACCUUAGGCCAGCUCAGCCUUGUAGCCAUAAAUCUGAUGACCCUUUCAGAGAUGGAACUACUAAGGCCAUUUUUUUCACGCCAAAGGAAAAUAUGAGUAGUUCCCUUGUCACCACGGACACCUUGAACAGUGGAAAUCCUCAACUCCAGAAACAAGAUGAACCAACUUGGAAACCUGUAAAGUUAACUGGGCCGGCCCAAGGAGAGCAGGUUGCCAGACCGGCCCAUAAAAAGAAAGCUCGAAUGGCGCGGACGCGCUCCGAUUUCUUGACUAGAGGUACUUUUGCCGAUGGGGAGGGGGAUACAGAGGAAGAUGAUUACGAUGACAUUAUUGAGCCCCUUCUCUCCCUUGACCAAGCUUCUCACUCUGAGCUAGGGCCUGCACCCAGCCUGGGUCAGGCCUCUCACAGUGACUCCGAAAUGACAUCACAACGGUUUUCUUCAGUUGAUGAAGAAGCAAAGCUUCAUAAGACCAUGUCUCAAGGAGAGAUUACGAAGUUGGCAGUGAGACAGAAGGCUUCAGAGUCAGAUAUAAGACCUCAGAGAGCUAAGAUGAGAUUCUGGGCCAAAGGGAAACAAGGGGAGAAGAAGACUACCAGAGUGAAACCUGAUACCCACUCAGAGGUUUCAGCACUCUCUGCUGGCUCAGAUAUGAUUCCAGCUCAUCAGUUUCCAGAUGAAUUAUCUCAUAAUCACCCAACACCUCCUUUGAGUCCAGAAUUGCCUGGGAGUUGCCGAAAGGAAUUCAAAGAGAACAAAGAGCCUUCUCCAAAGGCAAGGCGCAAGCGAAGUGUGAAGAUCAGCAGUGUGGCUUUGGAGUCUAUGCACUGGCAAAAUGACUCUGUCCAGAUUAUAGCAAGUGCCAGUGAUUUAAAAAGCAUGGAUGAAUUUCUUCUGAAAAAGAUGAAUGACCUAGAUAAUGAAGACAGCAAGAAAGACACACUAGUGGAUGUUGUAUUCAAGAAAGCCCUGAAAGAAUUUCGGCAGAAUAUCUUCAGCUUUUAUUCGUCUGCGUUGGCGGUAGAUGAUGGGAAAAGCAUACGAUAUAAAGACCUCUACGCACUAUUUGAACAGAUUUUGGAAAAGACCAUGAGGCUUGAGCAGCGAGAUUGGAGUGAGUCUCCAGUCAGAGUUUGGGUUAACACUUUUAAAGUGUUUUUAGAUGAAUAUAUGAAUGAAUUCAAGACUUUGGAAUAUAUACCCACAAAGGUGCCAAAAACAGAGAGAAAGAAAAGAAGGAAAAAAGAAUCUGAUUUAGUAGAAGAGCACAAUGGUCACAUCUUUAAGGCCACCCAGUAUAGCAUCCCUACCUACUGUGAAUACUGUUCUUCUUUGAUAUGGAUCAUGGACCGAGCCUCUGUUUGCAAAUUGUGCAAGUAUGCUUGUCAUAAGAAGUGCUGUCUGAAAACCACAGCCAAGUGUUCUAAAAAGUAUGAUCCAGAGCUGUCCUCUCGACAGUUUGGGGUUGAAUUGUCCCGUUUGACCAGUGAAGACCGAACUGUUCCUCUGGUGGUGGAAAAGCUCAUAAACUACAUUGAAAUGCAUGGACUGUACACAGAAGGUAUUUACCGGAAGUCGGGUUCAACUAAUAAAAUCAAGGAGCUUCGACAAGGUCUAGAUACAGAUGCUGAGAAUGUAAACCUUGAUGACUAUAACAUACAUGUCAUUGCGAGUGUAUUCAAACAAUGGCUUCGUGAUUUACCCAAUCCACUCAUGACCUUUGAACUCUAUGAGGAAUUUCUUCGAGCUAUGGGCCUUCAGGAGAGGAAAGAGACAAUCCGUGGUGUAUACUCUGUCAUUGACCAGCUCUCCCGAACUCAUCUCAAUACACUGGAACGCCUCAUCUUUCAUCUGGUCAGGAUUGCUCUACAGGAAGACACUAAUCGAAUGUCUGCUAAUGCUUUGGCCAUUGUGUUUGCACCCUGCAUUCUCCGCUGCCCUGAUACCAUCGACCCACUGCAAAGUGUGCAGGACAUCAGUAAGACUACCACCUGUGUGGAGCUGAUUGUUGUGGAACAAAUGAAUAAAUAUAAGGCUCGUCUCAAAGACAUUAGUAGCCUGGAAUUUGCUGAGAAUAAAGCAAAAACCAGGCUAUCACUGAUUCGUAGAUCAAUGAAACCUGUACUAAUUGCAGUUAGAUUUAUGAGCAUUACCCGCAAUUCAGUCUCGGGCAAGGGGCGUCUUCGUCGAGGAAACUAUCCAUGUCCAUCCUCUCCAGCUGUGGUUCGGUUGCCUUCCAUGUCUGAUGUCACGGAAGAGACCUUGGCUAGUGAGGCGGCCCUGGAGACUGACAUCACAGAGCAGCAGCAGGCAGCUAUGCAGCAGGAGGAGAGAGUCCUGACCGAGCAGAUUGAGAAUCUGCAGAAAGAGAAGGAAGAACUAACAUUUGAGAUGCUUGUCCUGGAACCACGUGCCUCUGAUGAUGAAACCCUUGAGUCUGAGGCCUCCAUAGGGACUGCUGAUAGCUCAGAAAAUUUGAAUAUUGAGUCUGAAGGUGCCAUCUCUGAGAAAUCAGAGAGAAGCUUAGCCCUUAUCUCUACGAAGGCAGCUGGCAAGUCUGAACCUUCAAGCAGGUUGCGGAAGCAGCUCAAAAAGCAGCAAGACUCACUGGAUUCAGUGGACUCUUCAGUCUCUUCUUUAUGUUCAUCUGGCACUGCAUCUUCUCAUGGGACCAGAAGACGAUUUCAGAUUUAUUCCAAAUCUCCUUUCUACCGAGCUUCCUCAGCUGGUGAGGCCCUCGGGAUGGAAGGGCCAUCGGGCCAGACCAAAUCCCUAGAAGACAAGCCUCAGUUCAUCAGCAGAGGAACCUUCAACCCUGAAAAGGGCAAACAAAAAUUAAAGAAUGUGAAAAACUCACCUCAGAAAACCAAAGAGACCCCAGAGGGGAUAGUUGUGUCUGGCCGCAGGAAAACUGUGGAGCCAGACUGCAGCUCGGCCCAACAGCUAGCUCUCUUUGGGAAUAAUGAGUUUAUGGUCUGAACUGGCAGAUGUGUGUCCCUUAUGGCUACAGAGUGGUAAACACAUCUCAUCUUGGGGCUUCAUCACCCGGUCCACAGUAUCCAUCCUGAUUGUGGUCCUGCCUCUUGCCCGAGCAUGCAGCCAAGACCUUGUGUGCUGAGUCCCGGGUGGGCCUCCUGCCGAAGUGGAAGGUCUUCUUUGAAGCCUGCCAGGGAUGGUACCAGCUGUGCCUUGGCUGCUGUAUCCAGCUAGA